AUGCCGUCGAAACUCGCGCGCGGGAUCCCCCGCCGCGUGCGCUACGACGGCCCGUACAGCAUGAACCUGCGCGACCCCGCGCGCUUCGCGCGGACGCUGCUCGUGAACGCGCUCGUGUGGGAGGUGCCUCGCGUGCUCGUCGGAUUCGCGUACCGUCGUCGGUACCGCGCGACGUGCGGAAAGGGGGGCAAACACGCGGAGUUCGCCGCGCUCGCGCCGUCGCACGUCAUGUCCUUCGUCCACGCGGUCGUGAUCUCCGUCCUCGGACUGUUCAUCAUGCGCGAGACGUGGAACUACCCGAUCUACGACAAGUUUUACGUCAACGACCGCUGGGCGGAUCCGUCGCGGUUCACGUUAAACGUCAUCGAGCUCACGAACUGGCUGUUCUUCGGGUACAUGACCGACGACUUAGCGCACGUCUUAGUCAAGUACCCGAAGCUCGGGAAGGCGGACAUGGUCGCGCACCACCUCGUCUUCAUCGCGUGCGCGAUCCUCGCGGGCGGGACGCAAUCGUUUUUGUUCCCGUUCUCGUGGCUCCUCGCCGGCGAGCUCUCCACGCCGCUCCUCGCGCUUCGAUGGUUCAUCCGCACGCUCGCGGGUUUAGACUCCCCGACGCUCGCCGCGGUCGCGACGCGAAUGAACCUCCUCCAAUCGAGGCGCGACGCCGACGCCGACGCCGACGCCGACGCCGAGGCGAAGACGGCGACGGCGAAGGAAGCCGCCGGCGCGUUGGAGGCUGCGGUCACGAAGACGUUCGUGUUCGUGUUUUUCGUCGUCCGCGUGUGCGUCUUCGGCGCGGGGUUAGCGCACACGCUGCGGUUUCACGCCGCGCACGCGGCGGUUCCCGCGGGGGCGAGGGCGGCGAUCAUGAGCAUCCUGCUCGCGGGCGCGGGUCUGAACGCGUUUUGGUUCCGGCUCAUGAUCGUCAAGGUGUUGGGAUUCGGAGGGAAACGCGAGAAGCGAGAGUGA